GGCGCGCGCUCAGUCAGCUGACAACCGUCGACCACGCUGCACGCUCUCGCCCGCGCUCUCACCGCUCCCAGUGUUAAACGCGUGUUUACCAGUUCACCAACCCAACCACCAUGGCAACCUAUGCUCAGUUCAAGCACGUUGAGCUCUACAAGAUCGGCCACGGCAAAAAUAGAGUCCCGAAUGCCCCGAAGAGCUGCAUCGCGGAGAUCUUCAACGCGGACGGAACCGACGGUGGCAGCCCUGUCAAGAAUGGGACCCCACGCUCGCGCACCGUGAGGGAUACUCCUACGCGUCCCAGGGACACACACUCCAGACUGUUUGGUGGACAGAGUGGCAAUGCGUCCGUGACACCGAUGAUAACGGACACCAUCCGUAGCCAGAUCCAGUUUGGAGACGCGACGAAGAACGGAAGCCCGGCACACUCCCCCAAGAUGAACGGCAGCGCGGCUUCGACACCCAGCAGAGAGGGCAACCCGAUCACCGGCGACGGCUACAAAUCUCUCAACGGUCAAAUCAACACUGUGACGUCAAUCAAUGGAAAUAACAGCAUUCUUCAUAACCGCGUACCCCCCGGUGGAUAUUCGUCGGGACUCUGGUAGACACAAAAAACAUAAAAAAAUCGGCGUAUACUCGGCCAAACGACAUCCUCUUUCCGAAUAUUUGACCAUGUUGUUGAAAAAAUUACGAUUUCCAAAAUUAAUUAUUGAUAAUAGAUUGGCGCUUUAUACCGAGAUAACUGACAGGUUGUAUCAAUGUUUAGACAUUAUCUAUAUCAUAUAUUUUGUCCCAGUUCAUACUUUUUAUUUCAUUUGACUCUAUGGUUUCAAUAACUUACAUAAUAUAAGCCAAUUUACAUCGCCACGCCAAUCUAUUAUCAAUAAACUGUAAAGUAUAAGUAACAAUUAUUUAACUCGUAAGUGCAAACAAGUAUGCAUUUAAUACACUAAAAUUUGUCAAAUACUUUUAAUUAUCUAAUACUUUGGAUUUGAGUAGGUAACUAGCACCGACUUAAACACGUCCAAAUUUUUUAAAUGAAGGUAUAUGUUGUUCACAAAAUCCUUAGCCUAUCCCAGUAACAUUAGUUGAUAGAUAUUUUUGUAAUAGUAAUUACUUUUCGGAUAGUUAUAGCUUGCACGGCGUAGGGGAUUCAGAGGAAUACAAGAUGACUUUGUUCGGACGUGUUUCUAUGAAUUCGAUAUAAUAUAUUCUAUCUUAAGAAAUUGAUAAUGUGAAACAUAAGCAUCAGAAAGCAAUUGAUAUUGUAUUAGGAGUUGGGAUACAUCAGCAAUAUACCAAAACGAAUACGUAGUGCCUUGGUUGGAGUUGAUCGGGAAUUCUCUAAGAAUCGUUGAUACGUUCGAGACUUAUGUCAAUAUAGUCUCUGAUUCAUAAUUAGGUGCAAGCCAGAAAUAUUUAGGUAUGCAGUGAGAUUGCAGGCAUGGUAAAUCGUUUAUUUCAAUAGACUAAAAUGAAAUAUUUGUAAUAUAAUUUUUCAAUUCAUUGUAUUGAAACUUUUUUUAAUAAAAUUAAAUAUGUAUAUUAAAUAUAGCAUACUUCUGCGCGUAUAAGUAUCACAUGUGAAGGAGCUAAGAAAAAAACGUUUUUAAAUUCAAUUUAGAACAUGCUAAGUAAAGCCACACUCACACUUUACUGACAUAUUUUCUUUGUUUGGACAACUAAUUAUGAAUUAAACUAUAUGUUUAAUGUAUAUGGACAGGAAUCGAUAGUGAUUAUAUUAUCUAUAUUCCACAGUAUAGAAAUAAUAAUCAUACGGCACUUUAGUUAAUAUUUUUAAAUUAUCGUAAAUUAUUUACCAACGCAGUAACUAUUAAUGUCGUUUGUUGGAUUUUCAUUAUCAUAUUAGAGGAUUUUAUUGAUAUUGCAUUUAUUUUGUCUGUUUAUUCGUUUUUAGUUUAUUUUCUACACAUUUAGUAUUAUUGUUUGGAUUGUGGUCGAUUAUCUGUUAACAGGACUGAUCACUGUUUUAGAAUCUUGAGUGUAAUUGAUGGAUUUUGACGUGUGUGUCAAAGGUUUUCUGAAUCAGAUGUUUCCAACGUUUUAUGGUUGAUGAGUAAAUAUCCCCUUUUUGAAUAAAUUUUCAUCAAAUAUUUACGUAGUUUAGAAUAGCAUAUCAAUAAUGUAAUAAUUAACUUUGCUGACGCAUUGGCCUAAUGUUAACUUGUUAAUAGAUAAUAACCAUUACUUCAAAUAAAGUUUCUUAUAAUAAUAA